AUGGCGCAAUUGCUCGGCCCAGCAGUUCUGGGCUUGCUGAUGCUGGAUCCAGUCAACGCCCAGCGAUAUGGCUCUGAGCAACAGCCCAUCAACGACGGAUUCCAGUAUGCUGAAGCUUGUCCAGACUAUACACAGUACUCGAUGUACCCUCAUCGGCCGUAUAGCGCAGGACCUCUAGAGCUCCCAUUCCAGCGACCUGCCCCCCAAUGCCGCACCUUUCACUCGGAUGCGAUUGAAAAGGUCAUUGAGGAAGUGACGUCGCGAAUGAUUGACCCAGAUCUGGCGCGCCUCUUCGAAAAUGCAUUCCCAUCUACCACAGACACUACUGUCAAGUUCCAUACGGACGGGACUGCCACGGCUGCGAAAUCCAAGAGCAAAAAGAGCGAUGCAGGUGAUAACAAGUGGGAGGGUCCUCAUUCAUUCAUAAUCACGGGCGACAUCAUUGCCGAAUGGCUGCGGGACUCUACGAAUCAGCUCACCCCUUACUUGCCACUGGCAAAAAAGGAUCCUGCGAUAUUUCAGCUGUUCUUGGGAGCUGUCAACACCCAGUCCGAAUAUGUGAUAGAAUCGCCUUACUGUAAUGCCUUCCAGCCCCCGCCAAUCAGCGGUUUGCCCGUUAGCCAAAACGGCCAAAACGAUAUUGUCCAUCCGGCUUAUGACCCAUCCGCCGUAUUCGAAUGCAAGUAUGAGCUGGACUCUCUUGCACAUUUCCUAGCUUUGGGCAACAAUUUCUACGAGCAUACAGGGUCGACGGAUCACUUGAAUGGAAGAUGGUUCUUGGCCCUGCAGACAGUACUUAAUGUUCUCGACCAACAGUCGCAGCCAACCUUUGACCCUGUUUCGGGCCGCUACUGGAGGAACGACUACACUUUCCAACGUCAAACGGACACGGGAACUGAGACGCUAAACCUGCGCGGCGUUGGAAAUCCUCUGAAUUACGGCACCGGUCUUGUAAGAUCCGCCUUCAGACCAAGCGAUGAUGCUACUAUUCUUGGAUUCUUCAUACCAGCAAAUGCACAAAUGGCUACAGAGUUGAAGAGAACAGCUGCCAUGCUGAAGAAGGCUGGUAAGGACAAGAUUGCCGAGGAAGUGAGCACGUGGAGUGAGACGAUCACAAAGGGCAUCUGGGAACACGGCGUGGUCCCACACAAGAAGUUUGGAAAUGUAUUUGCUUACGAGGUUGACGGGUACGGUUCAUCCAUUCUCAUGGACGAUGCCAACUACCCUUCGCUCCUGGCGCUGCCCCUGAUGGGAUUCGUUAGCAAAGACGACGAAACCUACAAGAACACGCGAAAGAUGCUCCUUGCCAAGGAGUCUAAUCCAUAUUAUCUGACCGGCAAGGGCUUUCAUGGUAUUGGAGGACCACAUAUUGGGCUCCAAAAUGCUUGGCCAAUGAGUUUAUUGGUACAAGCUCAAACAUCAGAUAAUGACACGGAGAUUACCGAGUGUAUUGACUUUGUCCUCAAAUCGAGCAGACUUGGUCUGGUCCACGAAAGUGUGGAUGUCAACAGUGUUAUAUCCUAUACAAGAAGUUGGUUCGCGUGGGCCAAUGGUGUAUUUGCUACUACUAUUCUGGAUAUUGCGAAGAGGAAGCCACACUUGAUCUUCAAGGACGCCUCACCGUAUGAGAUAUGA